CACCAUUCUCCAAUAUCCCGCCAAUAUGUCAGCCGGUUGGUUUACAACCUUCACGAACUGCCGGUAUGUUCUUAACGGCGAAUUGGUGUCUGAUCAUCUCGUCAUCUCGGAUGAGUUAGGCACCAUCCUAAAGCGCGAAGGCUACAUAGGCGGGGAGUGCGUUGACCUGGAAGACACAAUCAUUGCGCCAGGCUUUCUGGAAUUGCAGACAAACGGUGUGAACGGGUUUCAUUUCACGCAAUUUGACGAUGAAGCGAGCUACGAGAAGAAGCUGGAAAGCACGGCCAAAUACUAUAUUCAAGAGGGAGUGACAGGAUGGUGGGCAACGGUGCCGACGGUGGGGGAGGCGGUGUUCAAGAAGAUCCUCCCCUCCCUUUCUCCACGCGAAUACCCCUCCGCUGCAACCCUCCUAGGCGCCCACGCCGAAGGACCCUAUCUCUCACCCUCCAAAAAUGGGGCACACAACGAGUCUCUCUUCACUCUACCCUCCACCUCUCCAUCAUCACUAUACGGUCCCUCCCUCUCCACCUCCGUAAAACUCAUAACCCUAGCUCCCGACCUUCCAAACAGCUCUUCCCUAAUCCGUUCCCUCAACUCCACCGGCAUCGUUGUCUCCCUCGGCCACAGCCCCGCCAACUACAUCGACGGCCUCGUUGCCCUAAAAGCAGGCGCGACAGCUCUCACCCACACAUUGAACGCCAUGGCGCCGCUCCAGUCACGCGACCCGGGGCUCGCGGGGCUCCUUGGUCUCCCUCACACUUCGUUGUCCAUCGACCAACCCGCUUCGCCGUACUUCUCUCUCAUCCCAGAUGGCCUCCACAUGCACCCGUCGACGCUAUCUCUUCUCCAUCGUUCCAAUCCUCGCAAAUCAAUCCUUAUCACGGAUAGCAUCGAGCUCGCCGGUCUACCCGACGGCACGUACCCCGGCCAUGCCCAGAUCCCGCGUGAGCAGACGAAGCGCGGCACGCGUGCUACCAUUGCUGGAACGGAAACGCUCGUUGGGGGUUGUAUCUCGCUGCAGGAAGGCGUGCGCAACCUGAUGGCGUGGAGCGGGUGCGAUAUUGCAGAAGCGGUCGCGACGGUGACGGAGAACGUGGCGGCGAUGAUGGGUAUAGAUGGAGUUGGCGGCCGUGGAGUGUUGAAGGAGGGACGCCGGGCUGAUUUGUGUGUGUUGAGUGAGGAAGGAGUCGUGUUGCAAACGUGGAUUGCGGGGAACAAGGUGUGGGACAAGGAGGAGGCGGAGGGGGAUGCGGAUCAGAAGGAGUGAAUGCGGCCGAGGAAGUAGUUUGCUUCAUGGAGGUUCUGGUGCCGGGCUUGCGUAUACUGUCGAUACGUGGGUUCGUAGAUGGCGGUUCGGUAUCUAGAGCUUGUGUGAAAGGGAAGUGAGCGGUUUUAUAGACUACAUUAAGCGGCGCUUUAGUCCUCUUCUACUUCGUCCCCCUCUACACCUCUUAAGCACUGCUACUACUUUCAUGGUUUGCACAUAGAAAUAUUUGGCUGGUGUAGGCUUCAAGCAUAAGCUUGAGUAGGAGAC